UACACCGAUCUUCCGAGUUGAAGCAAGUCUGGUGCCUCUUUUUGGAAAUUGUGCGCCCCUUUUGAAGAAUGAGAAUCAGAUAAAAAAAGUUCUUGGACUGAUAGAUUAAUUUGCUUCAAGGAUUACCUCAAAGUUUUUUGUUGUUUAUUCUGAAAAGGUAUCUGAAAUUUUUGUACACAGCGUACUCUCGUGAUUAAUUUUUGAAAAUUUUUCACCAUCCCAACUACCAAUUGCCCCUCCUUCAAAUUUGCUCUGGAUCCGCCCCUGAAAUCCCAAAAUAAAAAGGUGAGCGUCUCCAAAUGAUGUUUAGCACAAAGACAAAUCAUUCCAAUACUACACUACCUACAUGCGCAAUUUCAAUGAGGUGACGAUUUAAACAGCAAAGUGAAGGUGGAGAAGAUCAUUUAAGGUCUGGCUAGGGAGGGAUUGAUUACAAUGAUGCGCUCCCAAGCUUGAGUUUCAUAUUCACAGUGAGUGGCAAAGAAGGAAAAGGCUUGUCACUCCGGCGUGCCCUAACUACCAUGUGAGGAAAAAUACAUGUUAUUAGGUUGACUCAUGAGAUUUGCGUACAAUCUCCUUAUAUUAAUUAGAUUAACUAGUCUAAAUCUUUCGGUAGAAGAAGCCCCACUUAGAAUUAUAUUUAUAGCAUUAUACUUACAGGUGCAUACAUUGAUACUGUGUUUUUUAUUGCUAACCUAGUUUCUAUGCAGACAAACAAAAGAAAGCUUUUAUCAUACGCACAACGAAUAAUCAACAAACUUGGUUCUAUCAUUCACUGACGUUUGGUUGAUAAAAAUCGCGGAGCUGUUUUACUGCAGACAAGGGCUAGUGGAGUACCGAAAAGCCACCAUGGUGAAUGCAUCAAUGUUCUUUGCCAUUUUUUCAGUUUUUCAGUUAUCUGUUAUACGCAGCAACCUUGUAUCAAAAGGUUCUUACUUCAUCGAGCUUGGAGAUGUUCAGGAUGAAGGUUCUCAUCACAACUCGGAUACAACAGUUUUCAACAAGAACUUUCAUAAAUGCAGUCUAGCGGAAAGCUGCAAAUAUUUAUCACUGGAUACAAAUACAAAUAAAUACACUCAAAUAUCAAAUGAAGAUGAGAUACCGAAAAACAGAACUGGAUUCAAGAUCUGGAAAAAGGUUACUCUAGAAGAUCAAAUAUAUCGAAGCUGCAAAGACGCAUACAGUGCUGGAAUCCUUAACAGUGGAGUCAUCAAAAUAGGGUUACCAGACGGUAGAACAACUCAAGUAUACUGUGAUAUGGAAACAGACGGCGGAGGGUGGACUGUGUUUUUACGGAGGGUGACAAGUCAAACAAAUUUCAACAGAACGUGGCAGGAAUGUGCACAAGGCUUUGGUGAUUUGGAGAGCAAUUUCUGGUUGGGGCUGGACACAAUCCACUAUUUGACAAACCGUGAAAAUGUCAUCUUGAGAAUAGACCUCAAAGCUUUGAACGGCACGCAAGGGUUUGCAAAGUAUACUGAAUUUCGCAUUGCAGGAAGAGAGACACAGUAUACGAUACAUAUUGGUGGAUACGCAGGUGACAUUGGAGACUCCAUGGGAACUGGUUACAAAUUCUCAACUUGGGACAACGACAAUGAUUACAUGUCUGAUGCGAAUUGUGCUGCCACCCGUGGCGGGCCAUGGUGGCUUAGCGGCUGUGGCAAUGCUCGCCUUAUGAACCUUUUCUUUCAAGAAAACGGGAAAAAAAUGGAAAAAAUGAAAUGGGGAACGUGGGGCGAACAUUCCCAUAGGAUCACUUUCGCAGAGAUGAAACUGCGUGAAUAG